UCAAAACCAUAACCAGAGCUGUGGUAUUGAUCAAUAAUGGGAUCUAUUCCAUCAGAGCCACCUCAUAUCGUGUGCAUUCCAUUCCCAGCACAAGGCCAUGUUAACCCAUUUAUGAACUUGGCCAAGCUUCUUCACUCUAGAGGGUUCCAUAUAACCAUGGUUUACACAGAGUUCAACCACAGCCGUCUGCUCCGGUUCAAAGGGCCGGAGGCGGUGAAGAACUCACCAGGUUUUCGGUUUGAGACCAUCCCGGAUGGGGUGCCACCCUCGAACCCAGAUGCCACUCAGAGUGUCACUGAGCUUUUGUACUACACAAAGAAACAUUCUGUGGUUCCGCUCAGGGACCUGAUUGUAAAGCUCAAUUCCACCGAGGGUUUGCCUAAGGUUAGUUGCAUUAUUUCGGAUGGAAUUAUGAGCUUUGCAAUUAAGGUUGCCCGAGAACUUGGAAUUCCUGAGGUCCAGUUCUGGACUGCAUCCACUUGUGGCCUCGUGGCCUAUCUCCAAUUUGGAGAACUUGUCAAAAAGAGCAUCUUCCCAUUAAAAGAUGUGAAAGACGUCAGCAAUGGAUAUCUGGAAGACACUGCCCUAGAGUGGAUCCCAGGGAUGCAGCACAUGCGCCUCAAGGACAUGCCCAGCUUCAUACGAAGCACCGAUCCGGAAGACAUUGCCUUCAACCGGUGGCUGGAAGAAGCCCAAGACAUCCUCACAGGCGAUGCAAUCGUCUUCAACACCUUCGUAGAAUUCGAAGCCGAAGUGCUCGAGACAGUCUCCUCCAUGUUCCCCAACAUCUACAACCUCGGCCCUCUCACCACCCUCAACACCAACCUCAUCAAGAACGAAGUAAACGCCACGAGGCCAAGCCUGUGGAAGGAGAACACCGACUGCCUCACUUGGCUCGACACUCAGAAGCCCAACUCAGUCAUUUACUUGAACUUCGGCAGCAUCGCUGUGAUGACCGAGGACAACUUCAAGGAGUUUGCAUGGGGGCUGGCCAACAGCGGCCAUCCCUUCUUGUGGAUCAUGCGGCCGGACGUAGUGAAGGGCACGAACGGGACCGCUCUGGCAGAAGAGUUUCUUGCAGAGACGAGGGAUCGGAGCAUGAUUGCCCGAUGGUGCCCCCAAGACAAGGUGCUCGCACACCCGUCCGUGGGGGCAUUUUUGACUCAUAGCGGAUGGAACUCAACUUUGGAGGGGAUUUGUGGAGGGGUGCCGAUGCUUUGCUGGCCUUUCUUUGCUGAGCAGCAAGUAAACUGUAGGUACGCGAGCACGACUUGGGGGGUAGGGUUGGAGAUUGAUAGCGAUGUGAAGAGGGAAGGGGUUGAGGCUCUGGUGAGGGAGAUGAUGGAAGGGGAGAAUGGGAAGGUGAUGAGAAACAAGGCAGUGGAGUGGAAGAAGAAAUCGGAGAUUGCUUGUGUUGAAGGAGGAUCGUCUUACGAUGAUUUCGAGCGGUUCGUUGGGUACCUUCUGGAGCUGUCCUUAGUUUGAUUAAGUUAAGCCUGCUUGAAUAUAUUUUCAUCAUCGUCGUUUUCAGAAUAACUUUCAUGGUAUGCAGUAGAUGAUAUAAGUUAAUUAUGAUCUAAGAAUGAUGUAUUGCAUUUAAUUAAGAGCUGCUGUAUCAGUUGUUGGAAAUUAAUUAAAUAUUUUACCUAAGUUUACA